GGUAAUAUGUGCUAUGUGUUUUGAGCAAAGGAUACACAGAUGGUCGCCUUUCAUAUGGAUACAUGAGCUUCAAAAUACUAUGUAUGUAACGUCAUUUUAAUUUAUAACCGACUGUGCGCUGUUAUAUUUCCCCUGUUUGAAUAAGAAACGCCCCAAACCGGGGACUCACUUGUUUGUCGUCUGUUUUAGAGGUGCAAUGAAAUGAGCUACGAUGCUAACUUAGCAUUCUAGACGGAAACAAUUAACAGUUACACUUCAGCUUUUAUUGAACAGUUAAAAACCAACAGCCCUGACGGAUGAACGUAUUAUGUCUUUAAGGUGUUAAGGCUUAGUAUAUAUUUUCCCUAUGUCGCUUGUUAAGUCUGUAGGCUAUCCUUUGUUUCCAAUCGCAAAUCUAUACUGAUUGUUUGGAAAGAAUCGGGAAUCAGCAGGGUGGGGGAACAUGGAUGAAAGUGCCGAAAAUGUUGUCAGUGACGACAUUGUCAUUAUCGUGGAGAACGAGGCUGAAAGUUUGCCUGCCGAGGAAGAGAGGAUGAAACAGCAAGGCACCUUCGGGCUCAUGGACACCUGUCCCAUAUGCAAGUUGAGCUUUCAUAACAGAGAGCCCAAACUACUACCGUGUCUGCACUCCUUCUGCAAGAGGUGUCUCCCGGCCCCCUUCAGGAGUGCUGAUCCAAGACGCGACACGCAGGGUCAGGUCGACAACAACAAAUCAUUGGGUGCCAUACGAUGUCCAGUAUGCAGACAGGAAUGCUGGGAGAUGGACAUGUUGGAUAAUUUCUUUGUCAAGGAUUCUGCUGAGGUGCCGAGCAGUACCGUGGAGAAAACCAGCCAGGUGUGUAUGAGCUGUGACGACAACACAGAAGCAACUGGUUACUGCGUGGAGUGUGUGGAGUUUCUGUGUGUGACAUGUAUCGAGGCACACCAAAGGGUCAAGUUCACCAGGGAUCACACCAUACGCCAGAAGGAGGAGAUGUCUCCAGAAGCAGUAAGUAUGUCCACACAGAAGCCCGUGUUUUGUGAUAUCCACAAGCAGGAGCCGCUGAAGCUCUUCUGUGAGACGUGUGACCGGCUCACCUGUCGGGACUGUCAGCUGCUCAAGCACAAGGAUCACAACUACCAGUUUUUAGAGGAUGCAUACAGGAACCACAGGCAGUAUCUGGAGAACAUGACGCAGCAGUUGCAAGAGAAAAGAAGGGCCAUCGAGGAGGUGUCCGGCUGUAUCAGCAAUGGACUCCAGCAAGUUGAGGAGAACCGGAAGUCUGUCACUAAUGAAAUAAAGAAGUCCAUCUGUAACCUGAUCAUGGAGAUCAACAGGAAGGGGAAGAUUCUGGUUAACCAGCUGGAGGCUCUGACUAAGGAUCACGAGCUGGGUUUGAAAAAGCAGCAGGACGACGUCAACUCCCUGAGCAGGCACCUGGAUCAUGUGAUCAGCUUUACCAAAUGGGCCACAGCCAGCCACAGUGGAACCGCCCUGCUGUACUGCAAGAGACUGAUCCUUUUUCAGAUCCAUUACCUAAUGAGAGCGAGCUGUAAUCCCUCAAUCGUCCCCCAGAGUUCUGUUCGCUUUCAGUGUCGCUCUGGUUUCUGGGCCACCAAUGUAGACCUUGGCUCUCUGCUUGUAGAGCGGGGCCCUGGCACUCGGCCGCCCAACACCAACCUUCCUGCAGGUCCCAGGGCAGAGGCCCCCCCCGGACAUAUGUCCGCUUCAGCUCAGCAGCGACAGAGCACGCUGGCUCAGCUCCAGAUGCAGACAUCUGUUGUUCCUCUGUCCAAGGUGGACAAGAUUUCCCAGCAGCCCCAAAGGCAACCUCCCCCUAACCACUGGUCCUGGUAUCCAAAUGUCAGGGUCCCAGGGCCCCCAGGUCCCCCACCCCCAACCAGACCCAUCCACGGAGGGUCCUCCCCCUCCCAAGGCCCCCAAAGCAUGGGACAGCCAGGACAGGCGGGACAGCCGGGACAGCCGGGACGCAGAUACGGUAGCUCCCAGCCCAACACUAGAAGCCCCACCUCCUCCAUGCACCACAACACAGGCUUCCCCCAACAUCAGAUCAGUGCGCAGUCUCUGAGAGAGCUGAUCCAUGGUUCCAGCUUCCCUCCUAAACCUAUGGAUAUGUUGCAGGGUGCGUCCCGCUACCCACCGCCUUCGUCUGCCGGAGCAGCUGCACACAUGUCCCUGCAUCAGCGGGGCCUAGCGGAGUCUUCCUUCCUGAAGAGGAGUGAGGCAGGUGGAUCGGUCCCCUCCAUCACCAUUUCUAUCCCCAAACCCAGCUUCGCUCCGAGUCAAGCUUCAGCAACUGCGGACAGAACGAGCACCUUCAAUCACAUAGCAGUUCAAGCAAGGCAAAACUCCCCAAUGGCCAAACCAUCUUCUUCAGACAGAAGCACAGGGACGACUCCCUGGAGGCAGACAUCGGAGCCUCCAGCUGCCCCCUCAGCUAAGAGAAGAAGAAGGACGUCCCCGGGGCCCGUCAUCGUCAUCAAGGACGAACCAGAGGACGAGGAUGAAGUCCGAUUCGUGCAGUCCAGUCUGCCGGACAGCAGCACUGGGGCUCAGUCGAAUCCUCGGCCGCAGAUAAAAGUGUCCGUUCCGGUCUCCCUACCUGCAUCAGAGUCUGGGAUUGAGCAGCGUCCCGCAGCAGAACCAGAGUCUGAGAAGAGGGCGGAGCCGGAGGAAGAUCCCAACGAGGACUGGUGCGCCGUCUGUCAGAACGGAGGGGAGCUGCUCUGCUGCGACAAAUGUCCCAAAGUGUUUCACCUGGCCUGCCACAUCCCCGCGCUGAACGAGUCCCCGAGCGGGGAGUGGUUCUGCUCGCUCUGCAGAGACCUCUCCGCUCCUGAGAUGGAGUACGACUGCAAAGGCAAGAACGACCCCGUCUCUGAGGGAUUCCCACCUGCAGAAAGAAGGAGGUGUGAGAGGCUGCUACUGCGUCUGUUCUGCAAUGACUUCAGCACUGACUUCCAGCAGCCUGCUACUCCAUCAGAGACAAGGAGGUACAAGGAGCUGAUCAAGACCCCAAUGGAUUUGUCGAUAGUGAAGAAGAAGCUGGAGUCCAAGUCGCAGGGAGGUGAAGGCUAUGACAGUCCGGAUGGGUUUGUCGCUGACGUCCGGCUCAUAUUUUUGAACUGUGCAAAAUACUACAAGGCGACGUCAGAAGUGGGGAGUGCAGGUCUGUACCUGGAGGACUACUUUGAGGAGCAGGUGAAACUAGUCUACCCAGACAGGCUCUUCCCCGGAGGGAGGGAAGAGCAAAUGAUCCCCCCUUUGGAGGACGAGAUUGAGGAGGAGGAAGAGGUGAUGGGGGAAGGCAUGGCUCCCAUUGAAGACGAUAAGCCGCUAAGUCCUGCAGGAGAAGGCAUCCCCCCUGUGGAGGAGGAUUCAGCUGUGGAAGAAGCAACAGCUCCAGUUGAGGAAUAUAAAUCAGGAACAGAGAAGGAAAAGGAGAUGGAUGUAACCGCAGAAACUGCGGAGGGAGACGUGCCUCCGUCAGAAGAGGCAAAGCAGGAUGAGGAAACACCUGUGAAGGAGGCAGAAAGCUUUCGAGCUACAGAUAGUGAAACAAAAGACAAGUCGGCUUCCAGCUCCCCAAAAAAGGAAAGCUCUGACCUCCCUACAGACACUACCGUGGAUCCCCCUGACACCCAGAAGGAGAUGUCAACUCCUGCAGACACAGCCAAAGAGAAGGAGUGAUCACACAACAAGAAAAAGAUGGAUGACUUUAGUCUUCCACAGAAUUGGCCCCAGUGGGGACCGACAUUUGCUGCAAUCAGACACUUUUUUUGAAACAAUGUUAAAUUGGCAAUAGGAAAGACGUACUGCUUUACUACAUUUAGUAGCAGGCCUGCAGUAGAUGCACAACGGGGGUUGUUGUUGUGUUUGUUAAAGGUUGCUAUUUGAAUGUAACAUAGAGCAUUAUUUACAGGAAUGACGACACGGAAAAGCACACGCAAGAAUUUCUUGGUGACAGGAUCUCGUUUUCAAAUAGAGAAAAGGAUUUUGGAUUUAAUAUGCAUGCAUGAUAUCUUGGUAUAAAUAGUAGUGCCUCCAUUUUUAAUAGACAGGCUCAUGAACAAAUGUUGUUUUCUUGUAAUAUGUUUUAUUUUAUUAUAAUUGCAGUAAUGCUAUGUAUACUACUUUUAGGGUUGCUGUUAACUAUUCUGCUUGGUUGAGAGCGAAAAAUGAAUUGUAACUAUUGUGGAACCUUUUCCUGAUGCCUCUUAUCCCCAAUACCCCAACUAGGUGUUAUCACACAGCAGCCUUGUUGGUUUUUAUCACAAGAACAACUCUUCUGACUUUGUUGACUUUACUUUUAUCAUAUUAUCACAGUGUUCUCCUAAUCGUGUCCUUGCUGUUCUGCAGCAUGAUUAUUUUACAUAAGAUUAAGCUGAAAGCUUUUAUUCAUAAACCUUCCUGUAUUCAAGUAAAAAUAAUCUUCCACUUCAAUUCAGAUGAUUUGGUCAAAUAGCCUCUUUUUUAUUAUUAUUAUUUAUUGAAGACCUGUAAAUGAACACACACUCUCCAUGAACAAAAAUGUUGGUAAUUUAAAGAAAACCCCUUCUUUUACAAUAUUUGUAAUAAACAGGGUUACAUGUUAA